AUGUCUGAUUCCAAGGAGUUCACCCUCAAGGAGGUCGCUGGCCACAACACCAAGAAGGACCUGUACAUGGUCAUUCACGACAAGGUCUACGACUGCACCAGCUUCGUCGAUGAGCACCCCGGUGGUGAGGAAGUUCUCUUGGACGUUGCCGGCCAGGACGGCUCCGAGGCGUUUGAGGAUGUCGGUCACUCCGAUGAGGCGCGCGAGAUCCUCGACGGCCUGCUUGUUGGCUCUGUGAAGCGCAUGCCCGGUGACCCUGAGCCCAAGCCCCAACACUCUGCCAGCGCCGCCUCCGCCUCUUCCUCUUCUUCCGGUGGCUUCGGUGUCGGCCUCUACGCCGUCAUCCUUAUUGGUGGUGCCAUCGCCUACGGUGCUUACAACUACCUCCAGGCUCAGCAGGCCCAGCAACAGUAA